AUCAAUCCACAGAGGCAGCGAUAGCAGGAGCGAUUAGCGCGUGAGCUCACGCUCCUCCUCAUCGUCCAUGGUGAUGGAUUCCACGCGCUCGCUCGCUCCCUUUGACGCGUCCAAUUCGUAUUUCGCCCCUUCGCCGACUUCUUCCCAUAUAAAUUCCAAUCCAAUUCCAUCGAAUCUAAUUGGCUAUUCGCAACGGUUUGCAGUCCGCAGGCACCGAUCGAUCCAAUCAAUCCCACUGAACCGUACAGACGGCGCGGCGGCGGCGGCGGCGACGACGACGACGACGAUGACGUACAUGGGCCAAUCCGCCUCCGCCCUCUCCUCCCGCCCAGUCACCUUCUCCGACGCCAGAGACUUCACCUCCGACCUGCCGGACGAGUGCCUCGCCCUCGUUUUCCAGUCCCUCGGUCCCGCCGACCGCCGGAGCUGCUCCCUCGUAUCCCGCCGUUGGCUCGCCGUCGAGGGAUGCUCUCGGAAUCGACUCUCCCUUGAUGCCCGCGCUUCGCUGCUCGAGGCGGCGCCGUCUCUCUUCGCCCGCUUCGACGCCGUCUCGAAGCUCGCCCUCCGGUGCGGCCGCCGUUCUGACAGCAUCGGCGAUGAGGCCCUCGCGCUCGUCGCGGCCCGCUGUCCCAACCUGGUGAGUCUCAAGCUCCGUUCUUGUCGCGCCCUCACGGAGGUCGGCAUGGCGGCCGUCGCCCAUUCCUGCCCGGGCCUCCGCAAGCUCUCCGUUAGCUCCUGCUGCUUCGGCGCCAAGGGUAUCGACGUUGUUCUUCGAGGUUGUCCCCUCCUCGAGGAUCUCUCCAUUAAGCGCCUCCGCGGCCUGCACGACCACGCCGCCACCACGGGUCUCGUCGACGCGGCGCCCGCCCUUCGCUCCGUCUGUCUCAAGGAUCUCUACAAUGGCCAGUGCUUCGCGCCGCUCAUUGCAGGCUCUCCCAAUCUCAGGACACUCAAGCUCAUCCGCUGCUCCGGCGACUGGGACCCCCUCCUGGAAGCCAUGGCCGGCAAGGUCUCCGGCAUCGUGGAGCUUCACCUCGAGCGGUUGCAGGUGAGCGACAGCGGACUCACCGCUCUGUCCGCGCGCGUUGAGCUCGAAUUCCUCCACCUGGUGAAGACGCCGGAGUGCACCGACGCAGGCCUCGCCGCCGUGGCAGAGCACUGCCCCAGCCUCCGCAAGCUCCACAUCGACGGCUGGAAGGCGGACCGGAUCGGCGACGAGGGCCUCUCCGCCGUGGCCAGACGGUGCACCGGUCUCCAAGAGCUCGUCCUCGUGGGGGUCCACCCCUCAAUCCGGAGUCUGGAGCUGGUGGCGACUCACUGCAACUCCCUGGAGCGACUCGCUCUUUGCGGCGGCGACACCAUCGGCGACGCCGAGAUCGCCUGUAUCGCCGCCAAAUGCGCGUCGCUGACGAAGCUCUGCAUCAAAGGGUGCCCUGUUUCAGACAAGGGCAUAGACGCCUUCGCCAGCGGAUGCCCCAAGCUGGUCAAGGUGAAGGUGAAAAGGUGCGCCAGAGUGACGCCGGAAUGCGCGAAUCGGCUAGCUGCGAGCAGGAACGGCCAUCUGUCCGUAAACUUGGUGCCCGCCGACGAGGGACUAAUGGAGGAGCAAGGGAGCGUCGCGGUCAUCGAAGAAGGUGCAAGCCAAGAAAGCAACAAUGGCGGCGGCGGCGAGCGAGCCGCUGACUCCGCCGCCGGCGACGCAGCUCCUAGCGGAGAAAUUCCGACGAACUGUAGAAGAAAAAGCAGGUGCACGGCGACGAAGAUGCGACUGGGUUUGUCAGCGGCGGGGAGGAACAUGGUGGCUUUCGCCAUCAGGAGAUGGUCGCACGGCGGCAACAAUUCUGGACUAGGACCAAGUCAAGCAUGACAUGGUCACCUCCUCCUUCUUCUCCAUUAAUAUCCAUUUUUCUGUUUGGAAUUUCUAUUGGAAAAUUGCUGUAAACUCUGACCAGAUCAAAAUUUCAACAACAAAAAUGUGGAAAAGCUUUACUUCUCAUGCUCAA